CCAGGCGAACGCCAUCGCAGUGCUGUGUGCUGUGCAGUCGCAACAGGAAGCGAAGCGGUCGCGCUCUCCGACGGCGCCGGCGACGACGACGACGGCGUCGACGCUCCCAUUCCGGGCACCUCCGACUGCUGCCGGCGAGACAGCACGGCCAACUCACUGCCUCCUCCGCCCACAUCGCUGGAGGGGAGGCGAAAAUAAUAACAAUAAUAAUAAUAAUAAUAAAAACAGUGACGAUUUUUCGUGUUCUAAAACGUCAGGUCCACAGCGACGCUGCUUGUCGCCGACAGAGCACAGUAGCACGACCUCCACAGUGGAGCUGUACCACAGUUGUGAAUCGCAGAAGCUGUUAUAAAACGAGGACACUCACAUUAUUGACGUCCCUGAGCGAUAAUAACAAACAAUAACAAUAAAAUACUGCCCUUAUUGUUGUUAUUACUACUGCAUAAACUUUUACGCUGUGUCGGCCGCAAUACGUCGUAAUUACCGCAAUUAUCACGUCGUCAUGGACUAUAAAGAGGUGUGUCUACAUUAAUAGUCACGCUUUUUUUUUAUUGCUGUCAUAACAAUUAAAAUAGCAGCCACGGACUCUUGAGACAACUGAUUGCGAGUUGGAGGGAAGCUGCUUGCGGAACUCUACGGUUUAUUCGCGGUGUCUGUGACUACUGGCUGUAAUGGAAACUGGUUGAAGCUGUGUGAAUUCUACCGCCACUCUACACGACUGCACGCGUUCCUAACUGCCAGUGACAGUAGUCUCAGCCGCGUGACAAAGUGUUUAUUUUUCCUGUCUGGCUCUGAGCAGAGAAAACAGAAAAGACAGAAAGAAGAGGGAGACAUUUGCAGUGAAAUACCGUUUGAUUACGACCGUCGUUUUCUUUUUUGUUUUUCCCCCCUCCGCUGUGGAAGCGUCUUGCUUGCUUUGGCAGAUGUUGCCGAUCGCGGAGUGCUUCGGCGAGGACUUGUCGCGAGGUGUAAACAGUGCCACCAUGUGUCACCACGAGCCCAGCUCUCGACUGCUGUGACAGUCGCUUACCACUGCUUUUAUUCCGCUCCCGGCGAGUGACUGAGUACUGAAGAGCAAUUUUGUUGACGUCGGUUUCUAAGAACUGUGCUUUUGGGAUCGUGUCACUGUUGCGGCAGAAAUUCUGUGGCACCGUGGAAGAGUUGCUGUUUAUUUGGUGGUGAGCUCUGGUGUUUGAUUUGGAACUGAGACGCGAACGUGUAUCGCAGUGCGGUGUGUGUGUGUGUCAGAGCGGCCAGCCACACCCCCUUCCAGGCAGAAGUCUCUCGGCGGCUGUCGACAGCGGCAAGAAGGGGCCCACCGACUGCGCAGUGUCGUCUCAAUGACGGCGUGAACGGCGGAGAGAGAAGACUCCCAGUGAGAAUUGUAUGAGUGUCUCCGGCAGCAGGGCAGCCAGAAGCUACCGGAGGGAGCCCUGAAGGCGCGCCAGCUCUUCGGGGAUCGGCGCUGACGAGGAGGGGAGGUCACUGACUCGGGGUUCGCGCGAGCCGGAAAAAUUUUCUCACUGUACCAAGGCAGACCGCCGAGGAGCGACUUCGUUUCGCUCCCCGCAGUCGCCGAGCCCGACAGAUCCGCGACGGACUUCGCCACGAUGAACUCGUACUUCGAGCAGUCGGGCUUCUACGGGGCGCACCACCACCAGGCGGCGUCGGGGGCGGCCGGGGGCGGAGGGCCCGGCCACCACCACGACCAGACGGCGGCGGCGGCCGCCGCCGCCGCCUACCGCAGCUUCCCGCUCGGCCUGGGCAUGUCGCCGUACACGUCUUCACAGCACCACCAUCACCACCACCACGGGCUGCACCAGGCGGCACGCCCGCCGCAAGACUCGCCCUACGACGCCAGCAUCGCCGCCGCCACGUGCAAGCUGUACGGCGCCGGCGGCGGUGCGGGGGCGGCGGGGGCGGCAGCGGGCGCCGGCGACCCGCAGGCGGUGGCCAACUACAGCGCGGGCAAGCCCGACUGCAGCAAGUCGGAGGCGACGACGCCCGUCAGCGGCGCCGGGGGCGGCGGCCACCAAAACGGCUACGCGGCCGUCGUCGCCGCCGCCAAGGACGUGUGGCAGAGUGGCGGCGGGGGAGCGGGCGGCGGCGGUGGAGGCGGGGGCGGCGCGGGCGGCGGCGCCGGGGGCGGAGGGCUCGUGGGCGCCCCCGUGCGGCCCGCCGCCUGCACGCCCGACUCGCGCGUCGCCGGGGGCGGCGCGGCGGCGGGCUACGCGGGACUCGUCGGCGGAGACCCCGCCGCCUCUCCGGGGGCGGCGUCCGGCGGCAGGGCAUCGGCUCCCGGGGGCGGGACGCUCGGCUCCUGGAACCAAUGCUCCAUCAACAGCUCCGUCGCGCAGCCGGCCGUGGUGCACCAGCAGCCGACCAACCACACCUUCUACCCGUGGAUGGCCAUAGCAGGUGAGUGUGGUCACCAUCACGGCAACUUCUCUUGGUUAAAGGAUAGCGCAGGUGCACCCGUGCCUUACCAGUGGAUCGCAGGCGCCAACGGGUUGCGCCGAAGAGGCCGGCAGACAUACACACGCUACCAGACGCUGGAACUGGAGAAGGAGUUCCACACGAACCACUACCUGACGCGGCGGAGGCGCAUCGAGAUGGCGCACGCGCUCUGUCUGACGGAGCGCCAGAUCAAGAUCUGGUUCCAAAACAGGCGCAUGAAGCUCAAAAAGGAGAUACAGGCCAUCAAGGAGCUGAACGAGCAAGAGAAGCAGGCGCAGGCGCAGAAGGCGGCAGCGGCGGCGGCUGCGGCGGCGGCGGCUCAGCAGCAGCAACAGCAGCAGCAGCAGGCGGGGGCGGCGGGUGGAGGCGGCGACAACAACUAGGAGCGGUGGGGCGAGGCGGCGUGGGGCGGCGUGCACUAGCAGGUAGGGUACGCUCGCUGACUCGCUUGCAUGCGUGCGUUUACGAGUGCGUGAGCAUGCGUGUGCGUGUGCGGUUGCUGCGUACGAAGCGCCAGCGCCGCCACACACAUACACAUUCACGACUGCCAGCCGCCACUGCCGACCUCCACCUGCGCCGACUUCGCAACGACCACGACCACGCCGGCGUCGCCGGGGAACCCCCACAAGAUGCCGACUGUGAGUGGAACGCAGGGACGAGUGCAAAGGCGACACGAACCCCGCCACGUGGUGUGCACGUGCGUCAGGUGCCUCGCUUUGUUUCUGUUACCGCCUGUUACAGGUACCUCCGAGUAUCGCCCGCCUUGUAUCAUAGGACUACUAUUCCACUGUAUACCAAUGUUCAAAGCCGGACAUUUUAGCCCUUUUUGUGCUGUGCUUCGAGUAGAACGUUCUUUCAAAGCGACGUUCUGCAUUUUUUUUUUCCACUGUUCGAGCUUCCGAGUUCAGUUUCCCGUGCCGUGGACACACCUAUAGCGAAGCGGAACUGUGGAAAGAAAGUUCAAAGUGUUUUCAGAUUACUUGAUUUCACAGUACGAAGCGUGGACAAUAAGCGCUCAGUUUCGAAGCAGGAGAUGUGUACUUAGAAGAGAACUCACAAGUGUAGAAAUGUUGUAGAAUGUAUCUUUCCUCUCCUUCUCACUUGUGAGCACAAAAGAUUCUGCUAAUUAUUAGCCAUUACUGUGUAUGAAUGUAAUGCAUACUGCAUGUGUUGUAGCGAAGUAUAUACUGUUAGCUAUUAAUCCAUCAAUAUUAGUUAAGGUGUGUCUUACAUUGUUAUCUGGAAGGCAGUAAGGAUUUCAGUCGUUCCCGGUUGGCUUAAGACUUGAACUGAUUAAAAAAACUGUUGAGACAGCUGCGAACAUUUGCCCUCGAAUGACAACGUUAACUGUUGAUUCUGACAUUGCUUGUACCUGCAGACAAAAACUUUUUUGUACGGUCUAAGCACUUUGCAAAGCUUUAAAAUCGUAACCAUUACUCCGGAUUUUCGUGGUAACCGCGAGAUGAACUUUUCCUUAAAGUAGGGAAGGGAGUUCGAUGAGCUCUUAUCUCUCUACUGCUCACCAUAGUUCUGGGAACCUAGCUUAAAGUCUUUCAUUUGCUCGAAAAUGGCUGAUAAAUGUGUAACUCUGACGUAAAGAUUGGAGGUGACUGAGUAUAGUAACUUCUACCUCUGCUCUAAAUAGCAGGACAGUUUGUGUACUUGAGGUGCUGUGGCAUAUCCGAGCCAAACCACGUCUCAAAAUUUGCAAAUUUUCCAAUCUAGAGGACCUGUGAGGAAGAGACUUUUUUCUGUAUAUAAGAUCGAGUAAUGUCCAUACUUUGGCUCUGAUAUGACCAUCGCGAUAGACAUUUCUGUGGU